AUGGUUUCACAAAGUAAUAUCUAUCUGAACAAAAACGCUUAUGUUUUAAGUUUUAGCAGUAAAGAAUGUAUAAUAUUUAUAGUUUCUUUAAUAAAUGGAAAAAUGAGAACUCCUAAAAUUAAUGCCUUAUAUGGUUUAAUUGAUUGGCUAAAUAAUAAAAAAAGCCAAAAUUCCAUUAUUCACAAAUUACCUCAAAAUUCAGAACCUUUAGGUUCUAACUCUUGGUUAUCAGGAUUUAUAGAAGGAGACGCCCAUUUUUCAGUUAGGGCUACACUUCCAAAUAAAAAAAUCAAUUAUCCAAAGGUUGAAUGUCGUAUCGAGUUGGUACAAAGACAAAUAUACCAUAAUGGGUUAAGUAAUUAUAAUUUUAUGGCAGAUAUUGCCACUUUUUUGGAUUGUUCGGUAAAGGAAAUCAGAACAUCUUCAAACCAUCCCCAGUUCAGAAUUAGAACUAUAAGUUUAAAAUCCAAUGAAAUUCUUAUUAAUUAUUUAGAAAAAUAUCCGUUGUUUUCAAAAAAAUAUUUAGAUUAUAAAGAUUGGUUAAAAAUUUUAGAAUUUAAAAAACUUGGUAAGUAUGACCAAGGUUUUUUGGAUAAAGUAAUAACAAUUAAAAAUAAUAUGAAUAAUAAACGAACUUUUUUUGUAUGGGAUCAUCUGCAAGGCUUUUACAACUUAGAAAAUAAGAUAUAG